GACAUGAUCCUACUCCAAUUUAUCAAUGGCUGCCACCAAAACCGCCGCAGAUUUUAUCUUCUAAAUUUACCAAGCAUAUUGUUCCGGAGUUUAAGAUAGGAAAUGAUCCUUUUACACAGUAUAGAGCUUUAAACCUUCAUACAGUUGACACAAGUCUAUCAGGGCAAUAUAGUUGCAGAGUGUCUUCAAACCUAGAGGAUUCCUACACUUCAAAAGAGAUGAUUAUAUUUGCUGAACCGGCCGUGGUGGAUUUUCUAGUAAGUUCUGUCAAACAACCUAAUUUCAGUUCACAGCCCAUGAACAGAUUGAUGAACCUGACGUGUACAGUGUCCCGGACGUAUCCCCAACCCACUGCUAUUCUCAAGCGUACAACUGAAUGGGGCACCAUACAGGAUUUGAGCCGGUGGGCCCACAAGGUGGUCACGUGGUUUAAUGGUUCAUAUCAUCUUAAAACGUCCAUAAUCCUACCAAUUCUUGACAAAGAUGUAUUGAGUGGGAAACCGUAUCUGCUACCUCAAGAUCUGCUACACUGUGAAAUAUGGUUGGAAAGCACUUACUACAAGAGAAUUCUGACCAAAUCUUUGCCAAGAGUUCUAGGUCUUGUGGAGAGCAUAAGUAGUUCCAGGGCAGAACUAAUCUUCGUAUCUACUAGUGUGAUAUGUAUAACUUAUAUAAUCUAUUUAUCUACUUGAAAUCUAUUUAAUUUGUUUACAAAAAUUGUUAGUUUAGUUUGUCACCACUAUGUGUCUCGCCAUAUAAACUUGUAAACUAAAUAAACAUAUGUUGGCCCCUUUUCAA